UCCUGAUAAUGUUUAAUAAUUAUUAAAAAAAUUAUAAAAUUCUUAAAAUGUUGUUAUUGGACUGUGAGAUAUUAAUAUUUGUUGAGAGUAUUUGUUUUAAAUUUAUACUACCCCAAUUUUCAAUUCCUGCUGAUAUCUCAUAAGGAGGAUGAAUAUUGUUCUAUUUCAAAUCUUGUCUAAUUAGCACAAUUAAGAUUUUUGAAAUAAAAUACCAUAAAGGAUGCAGCAUGGCUAUUAUGUUCUAGUAAAUUUUGUAUUUUUAUGUUAUACAUAAGUUCUAAUUAAUAUUGGCUAAUACAUAUGUGAAUGUAUAAACCCAUAAUCUUAUAUAUCUAUUGUUCUGUUAAUACUCGUGCAAGAUUCCAAUUUCUUGGAUCUAAUUUGAAUAAAAUAAUUAUCUUUUCAAUGGACUAGCCUCAAAGAUCGAGGGGUGAAGGUGGUAGGAGCUCAGCAGGCAGUGGCAUGGGAGAUGACCCGCCGCCUUCAGAGUCCCGACACAGCUCUGAGCUGAGAAGAAUGCUUGAAGAUGAAGCUGCUAGCUGUAGGAGAAGAAUAGAAACAUAUAAGCAGGCCCAGCAACAUCAGGCUGCUCUUGUCAGCAAGCUUCAAGCUAAGUUGUUGCAAUACAAACAAAGAUGCAAAGAGUUGGAAGGUCGAAUGGAGGAAGUGAUGGAACCAGAAAGAAGAGCACCAAGUGGCUCUUCUGCCCUGGAGGCUGCACAAGCCCAACUGAGAGAAAUAAAAGAGGAGAGAGUACUGGACCUUGAAACUACUCACAGACUACUUCUCGAAGAACGGAAAAAAUACGAGAAGCUAGUUCAAGUUAACACUGCUCUACGUGAACAACUUGAAGAUGCUCAUGAAACCAAUGAAGCGUUAGCUAACGAUUUGCAAAAACUGAGUAGUGACUGGGCAGAUAUGAGAGACGAAAUGAUCAUCAAGGAAAACGAAUGGAAAGAAGAAGAACAAAGCUUUAAUGACUACUACUCUGCUGAACAUGCCCGACUCCUGGCGUUGUGGAGAGAUGUUGUAAAUUUAAAGCGUCACUUUACGGAGCUACAGAGUGCUACCAGCAGAGAUUUAAUUAAGAUGAAAUCGGAUCUAUCCACAGCAUCAAGGGAUAUUCUUGAUUCAGCUUCUGGUGUAUAUGCUCGUCAAGCUUUUUCAGCUUCGUUAGAGGAAAAUCAUAAAUCUAAUACUGCUGGAGAGGUUAAUAUGCUGAAGGAAGCACUUGCUCUUCUCAAAGCAGAAAAUGAUGCUACUGCUCUUCAGCUCAGAUCUAAGGAAGACAAAGUACAGAAGUUGAUGAAAGAAUUGCGAUCAAUGGAGGAAAGGUGUAAUAGUGCAGAGGUAGGUGUUGGUGAGGUAGGGAAACUGAAAACUGAGUUGGAACUUUUACAAACAGCUUUAAGGGACAUAGCUCAUGCUGUUCUUCAAGAUGCUGAAACGAGAGAUUCCCAUGUUCAUUUAACUCCUCAGCAACCCAUUCCUCCAAGAUCGCCAAAGAGAGGAAGGCCACCGACAUCUGCUGCAUUUGUUGAGAGCACAAUUUCGGCAGUUCAAGCUUCUCUUCAUAAAUACCAGUUGCAUAUUCAUGAAUUGCAGGUAAAAUUAGAAAAUAGCCGAGAACAAGCAGUUAUUACAAAACGUCAGUUGGAUGCCUUUGAAGAAGCAAACAAAGCGUUUGAAAUCAAGAUUGGCGAUCUGACUUCUGAUCUAGAUCGGAGCAAAUCCUUGACACAUCAGCUAACUCAGGAAAAGGAUAAUCUUACAAGAUCUCUGGAGACGAUUCGCGCUGAACGCUCUGUUCUUGAAAAAAAUAAAACAGAACUUAAUGAAAUGUUGGAACAUGUUGGAAAGGAAUUGGAGAAAACAAACAAAGCAAAUAUAAAACUUCAAAAAACAAUUGACUCACUAGAAGAAGAAAAAAAAUACAUAUUUGAUGAAAUUGAUCGAUUGAAACAAGAUGCUGAAUUGCGAGAAAUGAGUUUAAGAACUGAAGAAGAAAAAUGUAGUAGAUUAAAAGAAGAAACAUUGACCCUCAGAGAGGAAUUGGCCAAAGCGCAGUUGGCAAGAGAUUUACUCGAACAGCAGAAGAAUGAAACUGAUAGUCUCCUAAUGCAUAUUGAUAAAUCGAGAGGUGAAGUUGAAUUGGAGUUGGAACAAGUAUUGCUGGAAAAGUCUGAUAUGCAUGAAUCUUUGGCAAAGGCUGAAACCCUUGCAGCACAGUUAGAAGCAGAAAAAAAGAAACUUCUUGAGGAAAUAAAAAAAUUGCAGGAUGAAAAAGCCAUGCUUCAGAAUCAGGUAUUAGACCAAGAUAGUGACCUAGCUUCCAUGAGAAAAGAAAUCCUUAAUGGAGAACAAACAAGACUUGAUUUGGAUUCAGAGAAAGUGUCUCUACAAGAAAAAUGCAAAUUUUUAGAAAUGGAAAAAGAAAAGGUUGAGUUGGAGCUCGCUCAAGUCGUUAGAGAAAGGAGUGAAUUAAGCAACCAACUAGCCGUAGCAGGUAGAAAAAGAGAAGCGCUCGCUGAAGAAGUCAGUAGAAUCAAACAGAGGCUAGAGCAAGCAAAUGAAACAAAUUCCAGAAUAAACAGGAGUCUUGAAGAUCUUGUAAAGGAUUGUGAAAAUAAACAGGUUAUGUUGGAAGGGAAUGAAAAAGAAAUACAAAGAUUACAGGAGCAAAUCGCUUCAAUGCGUGCUGAUAAAGAAGCUCUCGAAGCGACAUUGUUUGAUACACAAGCUAAUCUAGAAGAUCUUACUUCACAUAAGAACCAAUUAGAUAAAGAUUUGCAGGAACUUCUUGUUCAACAGGAAUCACUUAAGGGAGAAGUGACGAGACUAAAAACAGAUCUAGAAAAUACAGAAAGAAAAAGUCAGGAAGUUAAGGCAUCUCUUCUGCAGCAGUCUGGUUCAAAGGAGGCAGAAUUUAAGCAGACACUUACUAAUUUACAAAAGAAAAGUGAAGAAACCAUAAAUAAGCUAACAGAAGAAAAAGAACAAGUAAGAGCCAUGUUGGAAAAAAAAUUACAUACUACUGUGUCGUCCUUAGAAGCAGAAAAAGAUCUGGAAAUUCAACAACUCCAACAAAGAAUAGCUGCCCUUCAACAACAGAUAGAAAAUGUAGUCCAGCAGCAUGAGGAAGUUCUUCUUCGUGCGGAAAGUGAAAAACAGCAAGCAUUAUUAUUAGCUCAACAAGAUCAGCAAGCCAUUGCUGAACGAUUAGAAGAUGCGAGGAGAGAGAUUGAGAUUGAACGUGCAGCUCAUGAGCGAAAUAGGAGGGAAGCAGCAACUCGUUAUGACCAAGACAGAACAGCCAUCGUUUCUCUUAGAGAAAGCCUCACAUCAGCCAGUGCCAAAUAUGACUUAUUUAAAACAAAAUGUGAGGAAGAAAAAUCAUCUUUGGAAAAUCGUAUAACUGAGCUUGUAAAAGAACGUGAUGUUGAGGUUCAGCAGUGCGAAGAUUUGAAACUUCAACUGCAUUUUGCCGAAGACAGGAUUGAUUCCUGUCAGACUCAACUCAGUGACACUGCACGACGGCUUAAAGAUGUCGAAAAUCAUCGUGAAUCUCUAAUCAAAGAGUUGACCGAUGUGAAACGGCAGUUGGCAGAUGCUUCUUUUGAAAGAGAGAAGUAUAGCAGCUCCAACAAAGAGCUUAGGGAGCACGUUAAGAGGGUAGAAGGUCAGAAGCGUGAACAGGCUAGAUCUUUAGAAGAAGCUCUGCAAAAAAUAGCAGGACUUGAGGAAGCUAAGAGAGCCUUAGAUGUAGAGAGAUCUCGCUUGCAAGCUGUAAUGAGAGACAUGGAUAGAAGUUUAAUGGAAGCUAAACAAGAGAGUGGAGGACUGUCCGGUGAAUUAGAGAAAGCAAGAACAGAAAUAGAAACUAAACGUAGUGAAGCAAGACAACUUGAUGCAAGAAUCGCGAGUGUUAUGGAAGAACGUGAUAGGGCUCAACAACAUCAGCACCAACUUUCAAAACAGGUUCAAGAACUAGAGAAUGCGCUUGAAAAUAUGAGGGAAGAGGUUGCCAAGAGCAGAAGUAAGGGUGAUGAGGAUGAUAGAAGAUGGCGCCAAAGAGAAGAAGAACUCCUUUUGAGACUUGAAGACAGUCGAGCAGGUGAAAGAAAGUUGCAAGAUACCGCUCAUAAUUUAGAAGUUUGUCUAGCUGAUGCUACACAGCAAAUACAAGAGCUCAAGGCAAGAUUGGGAGGUUCCGAAGGCCGAGUUAGAGCACUCGAAGCCCAACUAAUUCAAGUUGAAACUUCAAAAAGGGAAGUUGAAAGCAAAUUGAGUUCGGUUGGCUCUACAUUAAGGAGGAUCGCUGGAAUACAAAUGGAUGGUAGCAUUUCUCUCCCUUAUAAGCUCAGUUCUCCAACCAGGAGGUGGAGCCCUGUUAGAGGGGAGGAAAGAGGAGGAGGUGAUUUAGACCCUGAAGCUGUCAGGAGAGGGGUUCGAGCACUCAUGCAAGGAGUAGCACAAGUAGAAAGGGAAAGAGAUGAUCUUAAAGCUACACUUUCUGAAACCAAAAAGCACUUGAGAUCACAGAAUGAAGAACUAUCCCGCAAUGAAGCCAGAUUGGCAUCUACGAUGGGAGCUCUACGGCAAGCCCAAGAAGAAAAAGGAAGUCUCGAAGCACGUCUUGGCCAGAAAGAAUCUGCACUUAAGGCACAAUCAGAAGCCAGUCAUCGAGCAUCUGGUGAAAUUCAUCAAGUACAAGAGAAAUUAAACAUUCUCGAAAUAGCUCUAAAAACUGCAAAUGAAGAAAAAACUCAGUAUGAAGAAAAACUCGAAAAGAUGAAACAAUCUCUAUCGAGAUGUGAUUCUGAGAAAAAAAGUCUACAAGAAGAAUUGAAUAAAACAGAAGGCAGGGCAACAAAACUAGAACUGCAGCGUUUGGGUAUGGAAGGGGACAUUCAAAGGUUACAGAUUAUGUUACAGGAAAAGGAAUCUACUAUUCAGAAAUUACAAGAGAGAUUGGAAGUUGAAAACAGUACAGUAGCAGAACUUGAAGAGCGCUGCGGAUCCCUUAAAGCUACAAUAGAACAAUUAACUAUUUCUUUAGAAAAAUCGGCUGAUAUAGAAAGAGAGUUGCAAAGUGAGAUUGAUUCAUUACAAAGAUCUCUUGUUGAAGUGUCAGCUAGCUCACAUGCCAAUGCAGAUAAACUGAAAAACCUUCAGAAAGCUGUUUAUAAUGCUGAAAAUGAAAAGAGAAUCACUUCAGAAAGAUUAGAAGCAUCACAAGCUGCACUUUCCGAAGCAAGAAGAAGUUUACAGGUGUUAAAGGAUGCACAUUCUAGACUUCAGUCUGAAUUAGCAUCAUGUGAAGUGGAUCGCUCUGCUCUGGAAUCCCAGGUAAGGUUAGCUCAGUGGCCAAGUGAGGAGAAAGAAGAAUCCAGGAGGCAGGUUGCAGAACUAACUAUGAAACUUGAAACAUUGCAAGAUAGGAUUCGACAACUUGAAGGAGACAAACGAACGCUUGAACGAAAGCUUCACUCUAGUCGUAGCAAAUCUUAUGAGAGAGGUGAUAAGAUAAGCUCUAGAGAAUGGGGAGAGGAAAGUUUGCUUGGGUCCACUCAGCAUCUUUUAGAACAAGAAAACUUGGAACUCAAAACGAAAAUUAGGAGAUUAGAAAAUGAACUUCUUGAAAAAGAAUCUGAACUACAGAGACUUAGAAAUUUGGAAUUUGAAAGGCCUACAAAAGAUUGGAGUAGUGAAGCAGACAGGUAUAAGACUGCGAAGCAGCAAGCAGAGAGAUUAUUGGAAGCAAGAGAAUCAUCUCAUCGACAACAAGUCCUCAGGCUUGAAAAUCAGAUUCGAUUCUUAAAAGAACAGUUGAAUGAGGAGGUGAAAAGAAGACAGUUAUUUGUUAUGAAAACCUCUAGAGCAGGGCGAGAAGUCCAACAGCUUCACCGAGUAUUGGGUAGUUCACUCAGAAAUGUAUCCCAGGAUCCAUCAGUCGAUCCGUAUUUAUUAGAGAAAGAGGCCAGGCGCCUGGAUGCAAGUAUAGCUCCUCUUGCAUUACCCCCACCACAGCGAAAAUAAGUAUAAUAAUUCCAUAUUGUUCGUCCCAUGACGUGGUGAACAAAACAUCACUUCUCUUGAUAUUUUAACAACUUGAUACGGAACUUAGAGAUUUAGAUAAUUUUUUAAUGACUUUUUUUUAUUAGUUAGAGAAAUAUGGAAUUCAAUCCUGUUUUAUAUAAAAAAAAUGUUUACAAAAUUAUUAAAAAAAUUGUAUAACUUUUGUAUUCCAUAAUGAACUAAAGGAUUGGGUGUUUCAUUCAGUUAUGAAUGCCUUAAAUGUGAUUGUAUUGUCAAAUUUAUAAUUUAAGUUCAUUCUCUUUCUGAUGUAUAUUAACUUUUUUUACUACACAAAUUUUCAUAAUAAAUCUAAAUAAAACUCAUCUUAAAUGAGAUAACUAUUGAAAAAUGGGAACACUAUUGUUAAAUGUUAAGUUGUUUGUUAAAUUUAUGAUAAACUGUACAAGUUUAGAUGUUAUCCCGGAAGCUAAUGAAAUAUUUAAAGAACUUCCAAUGUAGCAAGCUCCCUUUGGAACAGCUAAACUUGAUCGGUUGUGCUCCUUGCAUUUUAUUUUUAGAUUUAAAGUUGUAACUGAUAAAUGUUGAAAGGCUGAUUCUGUCGAUGACAUCCUCCAAUUAUUCCUUUAAUUAAUUAUAGUUAUUGUACUGUUUAAUGUAACUGAAUUAUAUUAGUUAUAAUGUAUGAUGUAUAUUGUGCAUUCAUAUCUAUGUGUAUAUGCUCAUACACUUUCACACAAAAUAUUUGUCUACCCCAUUUUGUAAUAUUAUAUGAAUCACUUCAUGUAGAAAGGGUAUCGGUUUACUAUCUCACAAAGAUUUCGGAUUAAAUUUAAAGUACAUAGGUAACUAAACUCACAUUUAUUAUUCUGCUUCUUGUAAAUAUUUGACUUUUUAACUAAUUAAAGAUGUGAUAGAACUCCUGUAAUUAUUUUCAAACAAGCAACUACUUUUUAAACUUCACACAUUUAUUAUAAUAAUAGUUAUCUCAUGUUUAGAAAAAUGUUAAAUUUUUUUCUUGGUUUGCUCUUUAAUAUGAUUUUUAUU